UUUUCUUUUUACUGAUAGAAAUACGCAACUUACUGCAUCAUGAAUGAAAAUGUGAAGUUUUUAGUCACAGAAAUAAAUAAAUUAUUAGGACGGAAUUACAAUAUAAUAGGCUUCAACGCCUUAAAUGCUGAAGAUUUAUUGCAGAUAUUAUAUGAUGUUCUAAUGAAAAUACAACAACAAGAUGGUUUAGAUACUGAUGUUGAAUUGGAUACUGCAGAGGAACAGUCUAUAUAUAUUUUGACAGCUCUCCGAAUACUUAAUUAUCAGCCUAAUGUGGAUCCCGCAACAUUUAGGCAAGGUUUAGUUCGAGGUGAGGUCGAAAUUAUUCAUCCUAUAUUGACAUGGUUCUUAACGCAUAUUGAUGUAAUUCGGAAAAGAGCGUAUCUAUCACGGUUUCUCAUCAAGAUAGAAAUUCCACCAGAGUAUCUAGGAGAUUCGGAAAUAUCUCUUUUAUAUGAACAAUAUUUAUCCUUGGUCGAUAAAUUUAAAACAAUUCAUAAAGAAAGAGAAAUUGGAAAAAAGAAUGUUGAAGCUGCCGUCGAACUUGCAGCGGAUUUACAAACAAUGGAAAAAGAAAAGAAGUAACUAAUUGCGCGUAUCGGUAAAAUCAAAUCAAAGGCUGAACUUGCGCUGCAUUUAUUAGAUGCCUGCAGAUUAUUACGAAUGGAAAAAGACAAAGAACGCGAUUUAAUAUUGGAGAAAGAGCAAGAAAAAGAGACUAUUUUCAAUUUACAAAAUUCUCUUCAAAGAGUUGAACGCGAGUUACAAGUUUUGAAGCGUGAUAGUACUGGACUCACACCGCAAAUAUUAAUUCAACAUUUGAUAGAAGAAGUAACGGUGCAAUCUGCGAUUGUAAAAGAAAAACUUCCAUCUGAAUUAAACGCAAAGAAAAAUUGGAUAAAAGCUUUAUUAAUAGUCAAAGAAUAUUCUUAUUUAGGUCCAGAUAAGAUCAUAACCUUGAGAAACAAUUUGGACGUAAUAUUAAAGAACAUACAAGAUUUAAUGGAAUCCAAAAUAUCUAAAAACAAUAUUGAUAAAAUAGAGCCGUUCAGACAACAAGCUGCUGCUGUUGGAAAUAUGAAACGAAAUGCUCUUGAACGUUUAGAGAAAAUUGAAAGUUCUUUAGAGGAAUUACAAUUACGAUUAAAAGAAAAACAAGAUUCGAAAAGCUUGUUGCAAAUGUCAAUACCUAAAGCGGAGGAAUUAAAAAAAUAUAUCAAUCGUUUAAAAAAUAAGAGUACAGUAUAUAAACGUUGCAAAACAGAGAUAGCUGGUUUACAAGCAGAAAGUGGUGUACUUCAUCGAACAGCAACUAUUUUAGACACGCAGAUUACUAAUUCUUAUCCAACUGAUAUUAUAUCUAAAGUAGUGAUUCCAGAAAAUUAUAUAUUAGAGAACGCAUUAACAACAAAUGGCCAAUUAUCUCACUCAAUAUCGACUUUGCGUACCAAUCUUGCUCCAGUCAUAAGAGAUGUCAAAACACUACGGCAAAUAGCACGUGAAACUGACGAAAGAUACCAUAAGGCAUACAAAAGUCAUUACACGGUAGAAGCAAAUAUGAAAAAUACAACGAGUGAUUUAUUAUCUGAAACGAAACAGCUGAAGGACAAACUAUUAAAGAGUAUUCAAGAGAAAAAAAAAAUACAACAGAAAAUUGUAAAAAUGAAAAUUAUCGAAGAAAAAUUACAUAACAAAAUACAGACUAAUAUUAGUUUCAACAACGUAGAAGAAACAUUAAAACAGGAAUUACAGAAAGCUAUUAUGCUAGAAGAAAAAACUUUAAAAAAUCUAAAUGAGGAACAAGAGAAAAUAAAUGAAUAUAUUAUACAAUAUGAAAUUCAAACACAACAAUGGAAUAAUAUUAUUUCAAUUUUUUUAUGCAAAAUUCGAUGUGCAGAAGAAAGCAAACAGACUGAUGGUAUAGUUGUACGAAGAGGAGGAGCCGAAACUCUUGUGCUGGAAUAAUCUUGUGUUUCUCAUACAUAUUUUUAUUAUGCAAAUACUAGACUCAAAAAAUGUUUUAAACAUAGAAUAAAAUAAAACACAUUACAGAAUACAUAUUGUAAAACUAUGUACACA